GAGAGAGAGAGAGAGAGAGAGAGAGAGAGGAAUGGAGGAGGAUAUUACUACAACUGCAUGGACCGGUGCAGAGGAGCAGCAGCAAGUCGCUCUAUGAAGCGCACAGGGACGCACAACAAAACCCCAAAAGAGGAGCUGACGCGCAGAUGGCGAUGUGUGAUUUAUUGGACUAAUAUUUUUCUCCUCUCUCAGAUAUCAUAGAAGAGCUUCAGCUCAACGUGAAGGGUAGCUAUUUUAGGGCUGGCACUGCCUUUGCACCGCGUUUCACUUUGCCUUCGGAGUUGACUUUAUUAUUCUGAUUCACCUUGCAGUCACAUGUUGGACCAGGACGCACUAAAUGAUGCCGCAAUGGUCAGGUAAAAAGAGAAAGGAGGGACUCUAAAAUUACGAGUUAUUGAUGCAAAUAAAAUAUUGUCAUCCACAUUUUUUUUCCCUCAGUGACAAAAUAAUUGCGUUUAUGAUUACUUUUACUUUGACUUUCUGAAUCAGCCCGUUGGCGUGCGGAAGGUGUUUCUUUACCCCGUGAGUUCACCUAAAGGCUUGCAGAACUUUCUUUUCUUUUUUUUCGCCCUACAUGUAAACAGAAGCAACGUGUCUGCGGCUACAGAUAUUUGGCAGGCGGUAAACAUGAAUGGGAAGGAGGCAAAGGGUCUCCUCUAAACGUUCGCACAAAGUUCAGGAGGGUAGAGACCCAGUGCAGCUGCGCCGAGGAAAGGGAUUUUGCCCGGUUCACUUAGCUGAAGAUCUGAAUGUCUGCUGCGAUUCUUCAGCGCUAUUAAACACCUACAUCAUUCUGAAUGAACACACCGAGAACCUCAGUAUGCAAUAAGUCCAUGUGGAGAAAUUGAAUGUGACACAUUCUUUGUUAAUUUGACCUCUUUUGGAAUGCACUGAUAGUUUUGAUCACUUUUCUACUUUGUUUUGAUUAAUUAUAAAAUUUAAAUUUUUAAUUCUUACAGAUUUCUUUAGAACUGCUAGGGUGAUGUGAGCAAAUAAAUCUAAUAACCACAGUUUGGAGACUUGCCGCUGCUGCUGAUCUGGAAGGUUUUUUUUUUCUUUAUUCUGAAGAAAACCAAAUCGCUUCCCUAACCUGAGAAAAUGUUGUUGCUCAGACUACUGGCUAUCUUCCUCGUCCUUAUUACCAACACGUGGCUGCUCAACCCGGUUCGCUCCGAUGCACUCAGCCGGCACAAACGCGCCUUGGCCCGGAGCGCAGACACUGAGCUCUCCAGGCUGGCAGGUGAACCCUGCACCGUCUCCGGCAUCUGGAGGUCCCGGCGGCGGCCCCGCUCCCUCUCCCUCUCCCUAACCCAGUCCCUGUCCCAACACCGCCCUCCAGCGGCCCGUCCGAAGUCGCACACGAGCCGGAGAGAGCCGCACACUGUCAAGAGCGCUCCUGCGGUUUGUGCAGGAGGGUGUAGGUUAGACGCCGGGGCCAGACGGGUCGCUCCGGCUGGGGGAGAAAAGGGAGGCUGGGGUGAAAACCAACACGCGGCGGUGAAAGCGAGGCAUGGAAAUGGUCCGCUGUCCGGACGCUUCUACGAGAAACGCGCUAGAAACGGCGUGAGGGACGCGAAUUAUGUCGGUGAAGACGACAAGACGCGGGCCGAGGUGCCUCUCCUCAAAGACGCCGGGCAAAAGGUCUCCUCCACGGGACGCGCGCAGUCUCCUCCGAGUGACCCUCGCUCCAGGUUCGCCCGCAGCCUCCACGGGACGUUCCGUUACGAGGAAGAGGGCAACUCCAGCCGGGAGAAAGUUUCUCCGGACGGCUCGGCGGAUUCCAGGGGGCCCCAGGUCCUCCGCGGGUUGAAGCAGGGAGAUGGAGACCAGCGGUCCUCGGCGUCCGUCGCGGAGGACUCCUCCGGGGAGGCGGAUGAGGCGGAUGCGACCGCGAGAGUGACCGUGGGCGGCUGGGGGAGCCCCGUGCCAAGAGUGCCCCCUUCCUGGAUGACUGCCCUGUACUUCAACGGGCGGCGGGAGCAGCUGAAGCUGAAGCCGGAUGCAGGGCUCGAGCUGCCCAGGGCCACGUUCAGCCUGGAGCUGUGGGUGAAGCCGGAGGGCGGACAGAGCAACCCUGCAGUCAUGGCAGGUGUAUUUGACAACUGUUCCCAUUCUCUAAGUGAGAAGGGCUGGUCAGUAGGCAUUCGCACAUUGGAACCUGCGGGCACCAAAGACGCACGCUUCUACUUCACGCUUCGCACAGACCGAGCUGUGAAAUCCACCACUGUUUACAGCAACCAGCGGUACCAAGCCAAUGUCUGGACUCAUCUGAUGGUCACUUACAACGGCCACAACAUGACCCUAUAUGUAGAUGGAGCAAAGGUAGGAGAAAGCAACAUCCAGUCUGGGAAUCUCUACAGCCCCUUCAUGAAGACUUGCAGGACCCUGUUUCUUGGCAGCAACCAAUCUGAUCAGGGACAAAGCUUCAGGGGUCUCAUGGGAGGCGUGGUCUUGUGGCGCUAUGCCCGCUCCCAUGAGGAUUUGCUGAAACGGCCGCUGCAGACUGACAAGAGUGAGCCGAUCCUGGCGAUGUGGGCCGACUUCACUCAUGUGGAACAGCUAUGGACUCCAUAUAAAACUGGCCUUCAUCCGGCCGUCAUCACCACUCCUGUCCCAGAACACGAACAUGUCUCCUCUUUCCUGCCGCCGCUCUGUGGCAUGACCGCCUGUGACAACACAGACAUCAUCCUUGGCUACAACCACAACUGGCAGCUCCGUACCCCCAAGCAAGUUCGUUACCGGAUUGUCAACUUAUCCGAUGAUGAUGGUGGAAACCCCACAGUGACGGAAUCCCAGAUCCAGCUCCAGCACCAGGCUCUGCUUGAGGCCUUCCGUCCUUAUAACAUCACCAUGGAACUGAGUGUCCACAGUGUCAAAAACUCCAGCCUGCGCCAGAGGUUUAUCCUCAGUAACUGUCGAAUUGGCAAGAUUGGGAACCGCCAGUGUGACCCCGAGUGUGACCAUCCAAGGACUGGUCACGACGGAGGGGACUGCCUGAGGCUGGGGUCCUGCUACAACUGGAAGAGGCAGGACGGGAUUUGUAACAUGGAGUGCAACAGUAUACACUAUGACUAUGAUGAUGGUGACUGCUGUGACCCAGAUAUCACGGACGUCCUCAAGACCUGCUUUGAUCCUGAAUCUCCUGACAGGGCUUAUAUGAGUGUUAAAGAACUAAAGGAGGAGCUAAACCUGAGUGGCACAGAUACACUCAAUGUCUUUUUUGCCAGCAACUCCAUGCGUGAAGAGCUGGCAGGAGCUGCAACCUGGCCAUGGGCGAAGGAGUCCCUUACACACCAAGGUGGGAUGGUCCUGAACCCGUCCUACUUUGGCACGAUGGGCCACCACAAUACAAUGAUCCACGAGAUGGGACACAUAUUUGGACUGUACCAUGUCUUUAAGGGGGUGAGUGAGCGGGACUCCUGUGAUGAUCCAUGUCAGGAGACCACCCCGUCCAUGGAAACAGGAGAUCUGUGUGCUGACACUGCCCCAACACCCAAAUCCAAAGUCUGUCACGACCCCGAUGACUUCAAUGAUACCUGCAGAGUCACCACCUACCAGAACACCCCUUACAGCAAUUACAUGAGUUACACAGAUGACAACUGCACAGACCAUUUCACUCCGAACCAAGUGGCCAGGAUGCACUGUUAUCUUGACUUGGUCUACCAGAAGUGGUUGACGGACCGUCAACCUGUCCCCAUCCCUCUGGCCCCCAUAGUGACUGACCAGAGCACAGAUUCGGUUUCACUCUACUGGCUUCCACCUAUGAGAGGGUCACUUUACCAAAGCUCCUCAUUCCAUGUACCUGGGAUCAACUGUGGAAACUGUGAGAGAAAUGGCAUCUUCCACCAGUACGCCUAUGAGGCAACCUCACCUCGCAUCUGCGAUACAUCAGGCUACUGGACACCCGAGGAGGCAGUAGGGCCACCUGACGUGGAGCAGCCCUGUGAUCCCAGUCUCCAGGCGUGGAGCCCCGAGCUUAGCCUUUAUGACACAAACGUGACGUCACCCUGUCCCGACACGGAGGGCUGCACCCUCACACUGAGAUUCCUCCACCCUAUUGUUCCGCACGCACUCACCCUCUGGGUCACCUACAUUUCUUCAAAAAACCCAGCCAUAGCCAACAUCGAGCUGAUUACAGACACGGGGAAAAGCAUCAACCUUGGACUACAGCAUGUGUUCUGUGACAUGCCCCUCACCAUGCGCCUCGACACCCACAACGCUCCCAUCGCCGCCAUCAAACUCUGCACCUUUGAUGAGAAAAUGGAGAUUGACGCCGCCAUGUUGUCUUCAGGCCCUGGAAGCCCUAUGUGCUCCGGCUGCCAACCUCUGCUCUACCGGAUUCAGCGCCAGCCAGCUUUUGCCAAUAAAGCCCCUCCACCUCAGACACAGCAGACGUUCACAGACAGCUCUGUUAAGCAGGGAGUCAAGUACCAGUAUACAGUCCAAGUGGAAGCAGACGGUCUCCUCAGUGAUCCUUCCCCUCCUCUCCUCUACACACAUGGGCAGCCCUACUGUGGAGACGGCCUCAUACAAGGGUCAGAGGAGUGUGACGACAGGAACCUGUUGGAUGGUGACGGCUGCUCUAAGAAAUGCCUUAAGGAGACGGGCUUCAAUUGUAACGGUGAACCCAGUCAGUGUUAUGUAUUUGAUGGCGACGGCGUGUGUGAGGAGUUUGAGCGGGGCACCAGUGUUCAGGACUGCGGUUACUUUACACCAAUGGGCUACACAGACCAGUGGGCAUCAACUGCCACAGCUUCUCACCAAGACCCCAACCUCUGCCCCACCCAUGCUGCCACAGGAGAGCCAUCACUCACUAAGCUCUGCAGGUACCAGCACCUGGAGGUCAGUGACAGCUCGCCCACUGAUGCCUGGUUCCCUUGCACAGCCCUGACUGACUCAAAUAAUGACCUGGAACAUUCAUUUUGGCUAAAGGUGGGAUUUAUCCAUUCUGGAGUGGCAGCGUCUGUGAUGGUGUACUUGGCAUCAGAUGGCUUGUGGUCUGGGGAGGAGUGUCGGAGGACAGCCACCAUCCUCCUAUCUGACACUACCGGCAAGAACCACUCUCUAGGCACACAUGACCUCUCGUGCAAUCAAAACCCACUGGUGGUGAACGUGACCCACGACCUCUCUCAGCCCUUCUUCCUCACGUCCUCUGUCAUCAUUCUCUUCUCCUCCCCCUCGGUGGCAGUGAGCGGGGUGGCUCUGAGGACCUCGUGCCACUUCAGCACCUUCGCCCUGACCGGCUGUUUGCGGCAGCCGUGUCAAGUGGAUAGCUGCAGUCCUCUUCAGUUAGAGCACGCCUCCGUCAGGUGUACAGGAGCAGGGGAGGCCUCUCGCUGCUCUGUUCAGUGUCACCGUGGUCUCAGUAUCACUGUCCUCAAUGGCAGGGAGAUCCCACCCAACCAGAGAAAGGCCGAGCUGGAGUGUUAUCACGGCUCGUGGGAUCGCGUAGUCAGCUGUCAGCCUGUAGACUGCGGCCUUCCUGAUCAGUCUCACGUCUACCACGCCAUAUUCAGCUGUCCCUGGGGAACCACUUUCGGCAAACAAUGCUCCUUCACCUGCGGCUCCCCGGCCAUUUUACAAGGUGACAGUGACAGGCUGGUGUGUUUGGAGGACGGGCUGUGGUCUUUCCCAGAGGCCUACUGCAAGAUAGAGUGUCCAGAAGUUCCAAACAUAUCCAAUGCCCGGCUGCUAACAGCAGACUGUCUGGCUUCGGGGCACGAUGUUGGCUCUGCCUGUCGCUACAAAUGCAACCCAGGCUUCUAUGUAUCAGGGAGCAUCAAGAAGAAGAGACCAAGGAAGUACUUUAAGUUAGAGUGUCAGGAGGGUGGUCAGUGGGAGGAAACCGAGUGUGAGCCGAUAUCAUGCCCAGCCCUAUCGGACGUCUUCCAGGGCAUGUACACCUGCACCAACGGCCUGUACUACGGCUCCAUCUGCACCCUGCAGUGCCCGGACACAAGCGAAAAUAGAGAAAUUCGCUGCGCUAAGGACGGUAAAUGGACAGCAGAGUUCACCAUGUGCUCGAGGCUCCAGGGAUCUUGCUCAACUCCUCCAGAUCUCAGCUAUGUGGAGUACAUCUGUGACCAGGGGAUGGAAGUCGGUGCUGUGUGCUACCCAACCUGCAUCGGGGCUCUGGACAUGGAUCUGCACGACCCGGUGGUUCUGCCCAAUGGCACUACAGCCGACUCUUUGAAGCACUGGUUGCUUCCCACCAAAGUCCAGACCAUAGUCUGCACAGGGAUGAUGAAGUGGUACCCUGACCCUCAACACAUCCACUGCAUCCAGUCAUGUGAGCCCUUUGGAGGGGACGGCUGGUGUGACACCAUCAACAACAGGGCCUACUGCCAGUAUGACGGAGGAGACUGCUGCCCGUCCACACUCUCCACCAAAAAGGUCAUCCAGUUUGGGGCGGACUGCAAUCAGGACGAGUGCACUUGCCGUGAUCCGGACGCCGAGGAGAACAAGAGCAAAGUCAAGCCCUUGGAAGGAGGAGGAGGAGGAGGAGGAGGACGAAAGCAAUGAGACGGGGGAAUGAAAGGAGCUGAACUCGUGUUAAACUGAGUCAAACCACAGAAUAUACACCACAACAAACAAACAAAAAAAUAUCAGAUUUUUAACAUUUUGCAGUACGAGGAAUGUGCUUGAAGUCAGACUUCAUACAAUGAAGAGCCAUUUUUAUUUGAUCAUAAGCGAUUUUACUGUUAAAUCGCAUCAAAUCUGAGUCAAUCUGGUUAAAAACUUUUAUCGUCCAGACAAACAACUUCUGCACAUGGACAUGUUUUAUUUUUGUUUGUCUUUUUUUGUUUUUUUUUUCGUCCCCGUCAAACUGUUGACGGAUAUCUUCAGUACUGGAUUAGUGUACGAGCAGAAAAUCAUAGAAAACUGGAGACUAACUGAGAAAACGGAGGUGUAGUUCAAACAGGGUUAAACAGUUUAUGCUCUACAAAUCAAGUCAUCAUAAUUUGAUCAAAUCGCUUUUGUAAAUGGACUCAAGUACUUCUCUGGACUUGAUUAGUCUUGGGGCAGAGAAACUAAAAGAACUGGCUGUGCCUGAAAACUGCAGUGCACGCACAGUCCUUACACUAAGGACUACUGAGGGAAAAUAUUAGGAUUACCUUGUCCAUAUUUAAAGCCUACUGAGGCCAUCACACUGACUUGCCGCCGUGUAUCUGUUUCAUAAUGCAAAAUCAGUUUCUUGACUCAACUAAUGCUACUCGAAACCAAAAAAAAAAAAAAAAAAAAAAGAAUUAGUCUGCUGGACAAAGGGAAAUGACAUCUCUAAUUUCUGUUUUGUUGCACAGAAACAUUACCUCAGAUCCCCUUUGUUCUCAUGGCAGGUCAAACAAAUCUUCCCAGACACUAACUCGGCUCUCUGCGCACAGACACACACUUCUACCAACUGUCAUGUCUGACAUGUAGCUAUUAGGAACGCAAGAGGAUACAUAUCUGUAAAGACUAACAAGUAUAGACUAAUAUAUUUGGAGCACCUAACAUAUCUACUAGAUCACCUAUUAGUCUCACAAGUCAAUACUCUAUUUAUAUCACACGUUGAGUAAUAUAAACAUGUAUCUGUACUAUACAGCACAAGGCUUCCCAGGAGAGCAGUGUAUGUAAGUGUGUUCAGUUGUAUUUACAUUACACUACAUGUUGUCACAGAUUUAUGUCAACUUUUGUUAGAAAUAGUUUCACCUUAAACUAAAUGGGAGGUGUGUGACAUCAAAUAUACACUCACAACAUGAACACUGUCAACUAAGACGUCUAAAAAUGAGACAUAUUAGUCCAUUGGCCAGAAUGGAUCAAGUACCCCAACGCAAUAUUGUAUCUAUAAAAGUAUAAUCAUUUUCUUUGUGAUAUUUUACAGUACUUUAUACUCAAUGAAAUAAACAGCAACUUUAUAUCAA